UUAAAUAUCUGUCAAUUAAGUUGUCAAAAACGUGUUAAAUUUGCUUAGAAUGUCUUCAAAAAUUAAUAAAUUUUUAACACAAGUUGCAACUUAUCUAAAUGUACCAUGUGGAAAAAUUACUUUAGAUCAAUUUGGAGUUCCAGUUAGAACAAUCAAUAACACUUCUUCUAAAAGUUUGUUUAACAUUCUUAAAAUUUAUCUUAAAGAGGCUAGUAAGGAAGAACUAUUGGGAAAAACCGAGUAUGAACAAGCCCAGGUUUAUCAAUUUAUUGAAUAUGCGAGUGUUUAUAUAAUUGGUUCUAAUUUACAACAAAUUGUGAAUGAAAUAUUACCGCAUAUCCAUGGAUGGCUAGCGGUAAAUACCUACCUUUGUGGUACUAAAAUGACCAUUGCAGAUAUCAUACUUUAUUAUUUACUUUUUGAUACUCUAUCAGAGAUAUCUCAUUUGGAACAGGUUAGGUUUCUUAAUGUAUUUAGAUGGUUAGAUAAUAUACAAGAAAAUCGAGAACUAAGACAAAAAAAUUCCAUCAUUUUAUUUAAUACUAAUUUGGCUUCAUGUGGUGACAUGCUAAACCAAAAAUAUAUUUAUAAUUUUUAAUUUAAUUAAUAAAACAUGAUUACAUAUAGAA